AUGGACCUCCAUUGCAGUGCUCAAGCAGCCAUUCAAAAAGUGGUUCAGUUCUUGGAGGCCAAUACCAAAACUAUUACCACCACCACUGAGAUUGCACAGGUCGCCACCAUCUCUGCUAACGGUGACGAGCACAUCGGUGGGUUGAUUGUGCAAGUGAUGGAGAGAGUUGGAAAGGAGGGUGUCAUCACCAUAAAAGAGGGUCGGACAACCGAGGACGAGAUUGAAGUGACAGAGGGCAUGCACAUUGACCGUGGUUAUAUCUCCCCAUACUUCAUCACCGACGACAUCCUCCCAUCUCUCGAAACUGCUGCCUCUGCUCUCAGACCACUGGUCAUCAUUGCAGAGGAUUUAGAUGGCGAAGCCCUCACAGCUUGCAUCCUAAACAAGCUCCAUGGCCAGCUCCAGGUUGUAGCUGUCAAAGCACCCGGCUUCGGUGACAACUGCAAGAGCAUCCUUGGCGACCUUGCCAUCCUCACCACACACCUUUCAGUCAUAUGA